GUGCUCCUCCGCGGGAUCAGGGAGAAACGCUCGAGCAGAGAGAAGCGAGCUGUGACAGACGAGCAGCACUACAGACGUGGACGGUACUCGCAGAACCUGCUACAUCUACUGACUACUUACUGAAGCAGCAGCUAGCGUGUGGUGGUGAUUCAGCGGACUUAGUCGGACAGUUUUAUUCCAGAGAGGGAGUGAGAAAGUUUGGAGAAAUGCACUCAGUGUACCUGGUCAGCCUGCUGUUUAUCUUCAGCACCCUGCAUGUUAACCAGCUGACGGAGGGCUGCUCGUGCGCUCUCACGCACCCCCAAGACGCCUUCUGCAACUCCGACAUAGUGAUUCGAGCUAAAGUGGUGGGCAAGAAGCUCCUGAGAGAUGGACCGUUUGGAACCAUGCGCUACACCGUCAAGCAAAUGAAGAUGUACAAAGGAUUUGAAAAAGUCCAGCAUGUGCAGCACAUUUACACAGACGCCUCGGAGAGUUUGUGCGGUGUGAAGUUUGACAUCAACAAAUACCAGUACCUGAUCACAGGACGAGUCUACGACGGCAAGGUUUACACGGGGCUGUGCAACCUGAACGAGCGGUGGGAGCGCCUCUCGCUGGCGCAGAAGAAAGGCAUCAACCAUCGCUACCAGCUGGGCUGCAACUGCAGGAUUAAGCCCUGCCACUACCUGCCCUGCUUCGUGACCUCCAAGAACGAGUGCUUAUGGACGGACAUGCUGUCCCACUUCGGUUAUCCCGGCUACCAGUCCCGGCACUACGCCUGCAUCCAGCAGAAGGAGGGCUACUGCAGCUGGUACCGAGGCAUGACCACCCGUGAUAAAACCACCAUCAAUGCCACUGACCCCUGAACACAAACGCCCUCUGACUGAAGCUCGCUGCCGCCUCCCAAACUCCGUCCCAUCCCUGGUCACGUUUAGAGUAUUACAGGACUGUUCGAGCUCACCUGCCUGGGUGAUGUCCCCCUUUUUAAAGGGGUAAUAAAGGAAAAAAAAAAAGAGCAAAUCUAUUACAGUGCCUGUUUGUAGCACUUCUGAUAGAAAAUAAUACCCCCCACCCUCCCUUUAUUUGUACAGCUUGUCCUGUGGCUCCUUUUUCCUUGUACUACAAACUCCGUCCUUUGCACCAAGUUGACAUCGGUGACAAAGACAGAAAGGGCCAAUAAAAAGUGUAAGACCUCGCUCCACCUACUGAGAGCUUCUGAAAAGAUUUAAUCAUAAGUAUUAUUUACAGCAUCAGUAUCAUUGGCUUCAAUUAGCAACCUGCAGUUUAGCUAGUAGCUAGUGUCAGGAUCAUUUGAACGAGGAGAAGUCUCUAAAGCAAAAGCCAGGAGGUGUCAGACAAAGUAUACUACGAAGAUGAUCCUUUGUAAAUUUGCUGAGUAAAGCUAGCUUGUUGCUAUCAAUAUACCGAACAUGGCCGAAACAGCGCCAACAUAUUAUAUAUGUUAAAGAUACACGUCUAUUUUGGCUUCAAACCCCUUUGUGAAAUGGACAAUGUUUCACAGUGAAGUAUCGGUUAUGUUCAGUUUGAACUGUCACACACGUCUUUAUAAUGGUAGUAAGUCUGCUUCCUGUUUUUAACGCGACUGUUGCGCACUGCUUCACAAAAGUAACACAGUGCCAGCGCGGGGAAGCGCCCGAUUUCUUGCAGAGAUGGUGAUAUUUUAUUUGUUGCUGUAUAUAAAAUAAGCUACAGAAAUCAACUCAUCUGAAACCUCUAUUACAUUUAUUUAUAUGUUUAUUGGGUUAUACUAUGUGGUAUAUGUGCGUAAAAGAAAAACAGGCCAAAUAAUAUCAUGAACUCACUGCAGUGUAUUAAAUGAAGCACCAGCAUCAGCAAAUUCAACAUUAUGGUACUAUUAUGGUAGUUUGGUUUUUUUUGGCUUCAUUAUAAUCCCCUACACCCCCCCCAAGCUGGUACUCGUUACCAAUCCGAUAAAAUUAAAACUAUAACAGAGGUUUCAGAGAAGGACAUAUUUUGUAAGUGUAUAUUCAAUCUUUUUUAUUUAACUAUUUGAGAUGAACAUUAUAUAUAAAUGAAAGUAACAAUAUAUUGUCACUAAAUUCAUUCUUGUUCGCCUGUUCCCGUCUGGGGUUUUCUCUUAUUUUUACUUCCCUUCAUUCCAUUCCAAUAACGGACACAGACUGGCCUCACAAAGAGGAAGAGCCCAUUCGUAAUUUAUGCUAAGAGAGCGCCAAGCACAGAAACUGUUGGUUUGCUAAAAGAAUACUGAUAUCACUCUGACAUGUUUGUGCUAAUUAUGCAUCUAUUUUUGGCAGUGAUUUAGCCUAGUUUAUGGUAGCUUAAAGCAGGAUACUGUAAACUGCCUCGCAUAGCAUAGUAGAGAGGAAGGACAAACUAUGGUGUUUUAAAAUUCGUUCAAACACUACUGUGUAUGUUUCAUAUGUUGAGAUGGUGUGAGUUUUGCUAGCUGUGCUAUUUCCAGACUAUGUAAAGCUAGGCUAACUAGGUUGUGUUUCAUUUAUGGUCCAUUUCUGGUUAUGUUUCACUUUUUUUUUCCUUUUUUUUUUUUUUUAUCCCUUUAAUUUCUACAA